AUGUAUUUAUGUCAGGAUUGCAAGGGUUAUUUGUAUCGCAACGUGAUGCCACGAUUGGCAUUAAAUAAUCAUCUUUAUCGGGGAGAGUUGCCUGAUGAAUUGAAAAAUGUUACAUGGGUGGAAGAGAUGGCUUGUAGUCUGUAUAAGACAACAGCACAUGUAACACGUAUUUAUGGUUCUAAUAAGUCUAGUGAUCCAUUGCAAAUGCAUGGAAAUGCUUGUGCUCAUCCACUUGAUAUAUGUUCUGCAGUGAAGAUACUACCUUGGACACCUACAGAUCUAAAUGAUUUGAUUAGCAUAAUCUUUGUGGGUCCUAGAAAACUGACUGAGAAAGAUCUUCAAAAGUUAAAGCCAUUUUUUGUUAGGCGGGAGGUGAUAAGAAGACUAUUAAAUAUGUUAUGUCAUCAUAAUCAAUUGUAUAUGGGUUUACCUCCUCCUAAUGCAGAACAUCUUGCAUUGUUUCCUGAAUAUGGUUUACUUCCGGGACUGGAAGAGCGGAUAGUGUAUGAUCAUAAA